UCCCAGCUGAAGGUGACAAAAUGAUAGACCUGCAAAAACUUUUUAUUUUUCAAAAGAGUGACUAUUUUUGAUUUAACUCAAGGUGCGGCUGUAAAAAAGUAGAAGGAAUUGACACCAUAUAAAAGAAUAUCCUCGAGUACAACCUUUUUUUCUAAAAAGAACACAAUAAAAAUAUUUGCAACACAAAGUGGUAUUUUUUGUUUUAGUUGCCGCCACUGAUAGAUUGGAUUUAGUACAAAAUCAUGUCUUCGCCGGUGGUUCAAUUGAAAGAAAGACUGUUCCAUUUCACCAUAGCAAUAACCUUCUUUGCAUCAGGGUUGGUUAUAAAUGCUAUGCAACUGAUUCUUCUUCUGACAGUUAAACCCAUCAAUAAAUGGCUCUUCCGAAAACUAAUGUACUAUUUAUGCUAUUCCUUGUAUUCACAAUUAACCUUCGUAAGCGAUUGGUUCUCCAACAGUAAAAUUAAUGUUUACAUGGACGCCGAGGACGAGAAAAAAUAUUGCGGAAAAGAGAAUGUACUGCUAAUUAUGAACCAUUCAUAUGAAAUUGAUUGGUUAGCCGGAUGGAUGUUCACUGAGAAGGUUGGCGUUUUGGGCAAUUGCAAGGCCUAUGCCAAGAAAGUUAUUUCGUAUGUGCCCGUAAUUGGAUGGGCUUGGAAGUUUGCCGAAUUUGUCUUCCUGGAACGCUCCUUUGACAAGGAUAGGGAAAUUAUAGCACGACAACUGAAGGAAGUUUAUGCGUAUCCCGACCCUACAUGGUUGCUUCUAAAUGCAGAAGGCACGCGCUUCACAGAAAAGAAACAUGAGGCUUCCGUAAAAUUUGCCCAAGAACGUGGUAUGACCGUUUUGAAACACCAUUUGAUACCCCGCACCAAGGGUUUUACCGCCAGUUUGGAAAGUUUACGUGGUCGGUGCCCUGUUGUAUAUGACAUCAAUUUGGCCUUUAAAAAAGAUGCAGUGAAUCCACCUACCUUGUCAACACUUAUGAGUGGCAAACCUGUUGAGGGAUACAUGUUCGUCAGACGCAUCCCCUUAGAGACUGUGCCAGCCGAUGAGGAAAAAGCAGCAGCAUGGUUACACAAUCUAUUCAUUGAAAAGGAUAGAAUCAUCGAAAGCUUCCACACAACUGGUAGCUUCUUCAAAACAUCGGGCUUUAAAGAAACGGCGUGCAAAAUCUAUCCCAGACGAUUAAGUACCCUCCUGAACUUUGUCUUUUGGUUUUUACUCUCUAUUUCUUCGAUUCUCUAUUAUUUAAUAUCUUCAUUGAUAUUGAAAAAUUGGAUUGGACUAUCCAUUGCCCUCUCCAUCCUUGCCAUAUUCUAUUUCUUUAUGGUGAAAGCCAUAAAUAUGUCAAAAAUCAGCAAGGCAUCAAAUUAUGGAGCUGAAGCAAAUAAAACUCAAAAGAAUUAAAUGAUAUUCCUACAACGGACCGACGACCAUCCAGUACGGCGAGAAAGCUUGUUUCUUCUCUGUAUAGUAAAAAUGCACAACUCAUUUAAAAAUGAAUAUUUUACGCCGAAAACUAACGUACAAUUUAUUUUGCAAUUAUACAAGAUGUGUAUUUAAAAGCCAAAAAUCUACAAAAAAUAUAUUUCUAUAUUUAUAUACAUAUUGAUAAAUAUAUAAAUACAUAUGUGUACACUUAACAUGAAAACGA